AUGAAAGAGAAUCUUGUGUUUAAUGGAAAAGAUGAACAAAAAGAAUUACUGAUCAAAGCAGAUGACUGCUCAGUUAAACCCUGGAAAAUGGAAACAUUCAAACGAAAUCCAGAAGGUACUCUAGAAUUAGCAAAGGAGGCAAUGGUUAAAUUCGAUGGUAAAGGAGUAAUGGAUAUUAAAAUAAAGGAAGAUUUACAGCCUUGGAUAGGUGCCAGAGUUGGCGUUUAUUGCGCUGAGAGUUGGUUUUGUGGGUAG